AUGUCUCAAUCGAAGAUUACGACUUUUGCCAACGAGACAUUGGACAAGAUCUUCGCCUAUCUUGCCGACAAGGAUGCCUGGCUUGCUCUGAUCAAGGCCGCCCCGCACCUCGCCGGCUCAGUACAAACGCUACAAAUCGAUUGCCAGCUCGAAGGCGCGUACCCAUAUGGCAAACUAUCCCUCGAACGAGACGCGAUUCGGGAGAUUCUCGCCAAACUUGCGAAUCUACAAAAGUUGACUAUCUUUAUCCUGGACGAUCCACGAUCAACGUUUGAGCAAAUGGACGCAUCAUCUGAGAUUGCUCAAAUGUAA